CGGGUUUUCUCUCGAAAAAUGGCAGAUGCUGGAAGUGGAGAACUUCCUGGUUAACAAUAAAUCUAAGUUUUGAUACAUCAUCAUACAAUUGGAUGGACACAGUAUUGGAUUUUUAUAAUCCCCAUAAGCCUGGUUGAUCAACCGAGACAUCAAAGAAUGCACAACAAAUCCGGCAUGGAUGCGAUUCCGUUCAAGUUUCUCAACCACAGCACUCAGUAUCAGCUUGCCAACAAGCUUGACCCGAAAGCUCCACUAACGGGUAACGACUGGCGCAUGUUGGCCGAAAAGCUGGGUUACAAAACUGAACAGAUCUAUGUACUUGACGAGCAGAAAACAUCUGAUGGUCGUAACACGAUCAAGCUGUUUGCAGACUACGCAAAGCGGCAGGAAAGUACAGUGAACAAAGUGAUUAAAGCUUUGAAGGACAUGGACCGCAGUGAUGCCCUCCAAGUGUUGCUUGAUGCAAUGCCAGCAAUUGAACAGAGUUACCGUGACGAGUUGGAGAUGCAGCAUCAACGAAGUCAGCCAAUGGAACACGAAAUGAGCCACUGGUCCCAGGCAAACUCGACUCACCACCCACCAUCUCCAUCCUGCUACAACGCCAACAUCAGCUGCCACUGCAUUCACCAGAGUCAGCCGCCACAUAGAGAACAGCCUUGUCUGAGCUGCACAUCAUCAGCGGCGGCAGCAGCAGCAGCAGCAGUGGCAUACAAUGGUUAUCAUCACUGCUUCACAACAUCCGUGAAUCAUUCACCAUACAGAUCACAUGGCUGUGAGAUGAACGGACUUCUUAAACGACCACACGAUCCAGAAAUGCACCAUCCACCCUUCAAUUGUCACAGCAACAGUUUACACAACAGUCACGUAGGGGGAAUGGCAGCUGCAUACAGUGUGUGCCAGACGAAACAGAAGUUGGUUGUGCAUGACAUGAGAUCGCGAACAGCAGAAGAAGAGAACAGUAGCAUGCUUGCACAAGCAGAUUUGAAUCGCAGUGAUGAAUUUUCGUUGGUCGAGAAUGAUGUUGAAAUGAUCGAAGAUCAUGUGCCGCUACCUAAUGCAAUCUUUAGGGCACAGAACCAGGUGAUGAAUAUACCUUCACUCUUAAGUCCCGAUAUUGAUAUAGCUCGCGAGGAAGAGGUUUCGACGUCUGCUUCAGAAGAUUUCUCUUCUGGAGAUUCAGAUCUAGGACCACUGAGCGAAGGAUUGAAUUACUACAGGCAAAUGUCUGAGGAGUGUAACGCUAACCAGCCCAUGAAAAACAGGGGCCUCAGGAAAGAUUAUGCUUUUAAGAAUAUUCCAAAAAGUGCAAGUGACUAUGAUGUGCCCUCUGGUCCUUUGCCAUUAGAGAAUUUGAAACGGUUGGCGAAUCUACCGAAACAGUAUAUGCCGGAACAAGCAUAUAAAACAUUCGUUGCAGAACAAAAAGUGGAUGAUUCUCAGCAGAAAAUGAAAGUAGGUCGCGAUGAAAGGAAUUCUUUUUCUACAUGUGUUCCUUCCAGAGGUGCUUCAAAGUGUCAGGCCGAGGGCUCGGAUCCGAAAAGAGUUAGUCCGAAGUUGAAAAACGGCUUGAUUAAUACUCCAAAGACAUUCCCCAUGAGAGUGAAGCCUCAGAGUACGGGAGUGACGAUCUCGGAGCUGCGAGAGCAGCACGAGAAAACCACCACAAUAACGAAGUCUGUCUCUCUGCCCAAUGAUAUGAAGCCAGAGGUCUUCAGGAGAGCGUUCCGGCACAUCAAGGUGUUUGUGACGUACUCCCAGGACAACAAGAAGCACGUCCAGCGGGUACUCAGUCUGUGUAACUGUCUGCUCAAGAACGGUUUCUCAUGUUCUGUUGAUGUCCAGGGCAGGAAAAUGGAGAACUGUGUACAGUCUAUUGCUGAUGUGGACUGGUACAGGCAGAAGUUUGUCGAGGCUGAUUUUGUGCUGGUGUGUGUGUCGAAGAAAUACCGUGCGGACCUGGAGAACAACGACGGAGACAGCUUUAGCGACAACAAGCUGCAUACCAAGUACAUCUACAAGCUGAUGGUUGGGGAGCAUGACACGAACCAGCACCGCAGUCUGCGCUAUGUGCCCGUGCUCAUGGAGGGCGUCACGCACGACCUCAUCCCCGGCUGGCUGCAGCAGACCACCGUCUACCGCUGGCCCGUCCAGUACAAGGACCUGCUGUGGAUGCUGUCCAAGCCUGAGGAGCGGAUUAACCCCAGAACUAAAUCAUAUAGCCAGUACAACAACAUGGGUGUCUCUCCGGAAAUAAGGCGAUAGCACUUACCACUAUAUUGGCAUUGCAGACUUUGGACAAAAAUGGCUUAAUACAGCAAAAUGACAAUGUAUACUACAAUAGGAGAGAAUUAUUUACAUCAUAUUGGCUUGCAGAUGUUUUGAAUUUUGCAAAAAUGAAUGAAAUAUCUUCUAAAAUGAGGCAGUUGUUGAGGUUUUGAAUGGUAAAACAGCAUGGACUUCGGAAGAAAUUCAAAAUGUUGUUUUUUGGGGUGUUUUUUUUAAUUCAGUAGCAGCAGUGGUCAUAAUGUGUUCUUAGGAUUACAUCAGUUGAAGUCUCACUAACAUAAUAAGCUUGUUUAUACUGUAAGAUCAGUGCUAUAGCUGAUGAUGACACAUCAACUUUGGCAAAACAGCUACAUAUCAUCUCCUUUUUACUGAAGAAUCAUAGGUAGUAAAAAUCAGCCAAGAAUGUGAAGGAAGUGUAUUUGUUUUGAAAAUGUGUUUCUAUUCUAAACUGAGACAUGGCUACAGUUAUACCCAUACCUGUCUACUAAAUAUGGUUUUGUCAAUAAUUUCAGUUUGGCUUGAUGUUAAAUUAAACAUGGUGGUUUUGGCAUUAUAAAAUGUUCUGUAGAGCAAUGUUCUGUACACUUUGAGUGCAGUGUGAUGAAAUGUUGCUGUAGUUUGAAGACAGUUUAAAGUUUGAAAUGAAUAAAUGUUUACUGACACCAUUGCUCAUGUAAACUAAUUUGGCAGGUGGGUGUCAAAUGAAUUAAAGCUAAAGUUGGAGUAUUAUGUAAAAAGUUUAAUUUUUGUGAAUUUAUUGAUGUAUAACAGUCACAAAUUGUAUAAAAUUGCAUAGCAUAGUGAAGUAAUUUUAUACUAAAUUUGUGUUUGUCCUACAUUGAUAAAUUCACACAAAAUUAAUUGUUAUAAUUACAAACAACACAACUUAGUUCAAAAUACACAUGAAUCAAGUUUUUAGUGUCCUUUCCAUAACUCCUUUUAUAUAAUGAUGUCUCAUUUUGCAUAAUGGUAGCAUUCAGUGUUUUUAAGUUAAAUUAGCCAGUCAGAAUCUAAGAAGUUGUAUAACAACAGAAAUGUUAUAAUUAUACUCUAUUGUACCUUCAGUGAAUUAGAUGAAAUGUGCUGUACAGCCACUGUGGUUUUUAUUUCAAGUAUUGUAACAUAUCUUGAGUUUGAACUUUAAAUAUGACAUAACUGAUAUUUAUUUGUUAAUUUCUACUUGCACUUACUGCAAUUGUACCAUUCUGGAAGCUAUAAAAAUUGUUUUGCCAUUUAAAUUAUAUGUUUACUUUCUCUCAAAAAGAUGCAGUAGCAGAUUUGCAUCUUCAGGGCUCGAACUUAAGAAUUUGUCUCCCACGGCAGUGUUUAAACGAAUUAUAAUGGAUGAAAAAGUCCACCGACAGCAAUUUUGAGCCUGCCUAUAGCAAUUUUUUUUAAAGUGACAAUUGCAGCAAAUAAACCUGACUGAAAGGCUGUCUUGUUAUAUGUAGACAUCUUUUAAAUCAACUAGGUGUAUACAUUUUGCCAUUGUUGAGGAGCUUUACUGACGGCACAAAAGUGCCAUCGGUGAUACUCUCUACCUACAGCAACUUAUAUCUCAACGACGGCAAUCGUUAAGUUCGAGCCCUGAUCUUUACAGUGUACAUUCAUUAUGCUUUGUGAUACAUAUUAAAAUAUAUAUAUUACGAAAUGUUAAUAUUGAUUUAUGUCAUAAUAUAUACACUUUGAUCUUGUUACAGUUGCCACUUUUAUCGUUUUAUUGGCUAAUUUUAUUAUGGUUUAAUCAUGUGAUAGAUCAAUACUGUUUGUUAAUUAUGAUUAGAAUAUAUCUAAAACAAAGUAUGGACCACAUAAUAACUUGUUUUGUAUGUGUAAAGAACUCGAUAACAAGUAUCACAGUAGAGGAUUAGUAACGAAUGUUUUUUAAUAUAGAAAGUAUCAACGGAAUCUAAGUUAAAAGGCCAAGACAAAUACAUGUUUCAAUUAAGUAAAUGAAGUUGAUAUUUUACAUACCAUAUUAAAAAACUGAAGUAGUGAAUUCUAAUGAUCCUAUAACACGUAUAAAAUAAAAUAAAUAAUUCAAUAUUUAGUGAAUCUCAGUUCUUCUUUGGUAACAUGACAUCAUCAUGUUUGUCACAAAUUUAGUUUGAUGUCGCACAAUUUAAUUAAACCUUAUCAAAACAUUACAAUCAGGUGUACAGAUCUUGUUGGCCCAUUGUCGGAAAUAGGUCGCUCCUGUAAUUGCCAUCACCGUGAAGAUUGCUGUGGGGGUUUUAAUUCUUCACAGGCUUUGACUAUAUUCAAUUUUAUUUUCUGUGGCAUUUUUAUUUUUUUAUUUUUUUGCUGUGGACAUUUUCAUACUUGCAGGGUUUGUAGAUACAUUAAACAGUUUAAUAUACCAAAAUAUCAAAUGGAUUUAUGGCAUGGAUAUUAUGGGUAAAUUACGGUAUGUGAUUUAGAGAAUAACUAACAAGCUACGAGGAAUUAUGAAUUAUCUGUCCCGAGUGAAUGA